AUUUGUGAGUUGUGCGUGAGUAAAACAGAUCAAAGCCCUACGAGCCGGAGUUCGUGGCUCCGGUAGGGUGAAUUGGCCACUUUGGGAAGGGUGAGGACGAAAAAAAAAAAAAAAAAGAGGCGUCGGCGAAGGGCGAUUCGCCAAAGACCCCCAUGAAGCAGGAAAGAAGCAAGUGAUCGGCCCCCCACUCGUCCGCCUUCGGUCUGGAUCAGGUGCUUCUCCUCUUGCUCCGGCUUUCCCAUCCCAAAGCGGAAUGCUGUAGCCCGGGAUCCCGCGCACGCCGCCGGGAGGAACGGGGAACGGGGCUCUCUCUCUCUCUCUCCUCGAGGUUAACAACCCCCGAAGCCCCCCACUCCUCCCCUACCCCCGUGAACCAUGAAGAAGCGCCAGAUCCGAAGCUGCCUGCCCGCGCUAACGCUGCUCCUCUGGUGGAGCGUCCGCUCGGCAGGUUCUCAAGCAGUUUGUGCAGGUACCCAAAAUGAGCUCAGUGUGACAGGAGAUGCCCAGCAACGGUAUCAGACACUAUAUAAAAUGUACAACAACUGUGAGAUCGUCAUGGGCAACCUUGAGAUAGUGCUCAUUGGACAAAACCAGGAUCUUUCUUUCUUGCAGACUAUUCGAGAAGUAACCGGCUAUGUUUUGAUCGCCAUGAAUGUCUUCACUUACCUGCCACUGCAGAACCUCCGCAUGAUACGUGGGACCCAAUACUAUGAAGACAAGUAUGCCCUCUAUGUGGUCCUCAACUAUGAAAAAAAUGUUACACACGCUCUACACCAGAUGGGCUUCAAUCAACUGACAGAAAUCCUCUCUGGGGGCGUCUAUAUUGGAAAGAACAAACAGCUUUGUCACGUGAACACAAUUGAUUGGGAAGACAUCAUCCGAGAUCCAAAAUUCCAGGCAGUGGUCCAUAACAAUGGGGAGAAAUGUACUCCAUGCCAUGAAAACUGCAAUGGCCGCUGUUGGGGGCCUGGUCCUGAAGACUGUCAAAAAUUGACGAAGACCAUCUGUGCUCCUCAGUGCAAUGGACGCUGCUUUGGCCCCAACCCCAAUGAAUGCUGUCAUGAUGAGUGUGCAGGAGGCUGCACUGGGCCGCUCAAGACAAAAUGCUUUGCCUGCCGUCACUUCAAUGACAGUGGAGCCUGUGAAACCCUCUGUCCUCAGCCAAUGAUCUACAACAGACUUACUUUUCAGCUGGAGCCCAAUCCUGAUGCUAAAUAUCAAUAUGGUGGUGUGUGUGUCAAAAAUUGUCCACAUAAUUUUGUGGUGGAUCGGACCUCCUGUGUCAGAACCUGUCCCAAUGACAAAAUGGAAGUUGAAAAAAAUGGCCAGAAGAUCUGUCAGCUUUGUGAGGGACUCUGCCCAAAAGCUUGUGAAGGGACUGGUAUUGGAAGUAAAUAUCAGACAGUGGAUUCCAGCAACAUUCACCGAUUUAUAAACUGCACCAAAAUCUUGGGCAAUUUGGAUUUUCUUAUCACUGGUCUAGAAGGUGACCCUUGGCACAACAUAAAUGCCCUGGAUCCAGAAAAACUCAAUGUCUUCAGGACAGUGCGAGAGAUCACUGGAUACUUGAACAUCCAGUCGUGGCCCAAGCACAUGCAGAAUUUCAGCAUCUUCUCCAACCUGGUCACCAUUGGUGGGCGCAGCCUAUAUAACCGUGGAUUUUCUUUGCUGAUCAUGAAGAACAUGAAUGUCACCUCCUUAGACUUCCGCUCCCUUCAGGAGAUCAGUGCUGGGCAGGUCUACAUCACGGAGAAUCGACAACUUUGCUAUUAUAACACCAUCAACUGGGCACGUCUCUCUCGCCGGCGUUCAGAUCUUAACAUCAGGAGUAACAAAUCUCCUAGGAAAUGCAUUCAAGAGGGAAAAGUCUGUGAUCCUCUUUGCUCCAGUGAUGGUUGUUGGGGGCCUGGCCCAGACCAGUGUGUCUCUUGCCGGAACUACAGCCGUGAAGGGGUCUGCACUGUCUCCUGCAACUUCUAUGAGGGGGAGAGUCGAGAAUUUGCUCAAGGGGACGUUUGCUUGCCGUGCCAUCCACAAUGCCAGAAGAUCGAGGGAGGCCUCACCUGUAAUGGACAAGGUGCUGAUGAGUGUGUGACCUGUGCAAACUAUAAGGAUGGGCCACAUUGUGUUGAAAGCUGCCCAUCAGGAGUCCUUGGGGUGAAGGGACUAAUCUUUAAGUAUCCUGAUGCCAACAAGGAGUGCUGGCUGUGCCAUGAAAAUUGCACAGAGGGGUGUUUUGGUCCAGAGGUUGUAAAUUGCUUCACUGUGGAACUGCCUGGCCCCAGGAAAGCUCCAACAAUGAUUGCAGUGAUGGUUGUGGUUUUCUUCUUCGCCUCCUGUUUGGUUGUUUUGCUCAGCUUCUUCUACUGCCGUGGCAAGAAGAUUCGGAAGAAGAGAGCCAUGCGCAGAUACUUAGAGAGAGGAGAGAGUUUGGAACCUCUGGAUCCCAGUGAGAAAGCCAACAAGGUCCUGGCUCGGAUCUUCAAGGAGACAGAAUUAAAGAAGCUGAAAGUUUUAGGAUCAGGCGUGUUUGGAACAGUGCACAGAGGGGUCUGGAUUCCAGAAGGAGACUCUAUUAAGAUCCCUGUAAGCAUCAAAGUUAUCCAGGAUCCGAGUGGGCGACAGUCCUUCCAUGCUGUAACUGAUCACAUGCUAGCUAUAGGUAGCCUGGAUCACGCGUGCAUUGUCCGUCUCUUGGGCAUCUGCAUUGGUUCCCAGCUGCAACUUGUCACCCAGCUUCUACCACUGGGCUCCCUGCUGGAGUACGUGCGCAAAAACAGGGAUGCCAUCGGCCCUCAGUUGAUGCUCAACUGGUGUGUCCAGAUUGCCAAGGGUAUGUGCUAUCUGGAAGAACAUUGCAUGGUACAUCGCAACCUGGCUGCCCGUAAUGUUUUGGUUAAAUCCCCUAACCAAGUACAAGUGGCAGAUUUUGGCAUUGCUGAUUUGCUCUACCCAGAUGAUAAGAAAUACUUCUACAAUGAAAUUAAGACACCAAUAAAGUGGAUGGCAUUGGAAAGUAUACACUUUGGAAAAUACACACACCAAAGUGAUGUGUGGAGUUAUGGAGUGACAUUGUGGGAGAUGAUGACUUUUGGAGGAGAACCAUAUGCUGGAAUCCACCUUUCGGAAGUUCCUGACCUACUGGAAAAGGGAGAACGCCUCUCACAACCCCAGAUCUGUACCAUUGAUGUCUACAUGGUGAUGGUAAAAUGUUGGAUGAUUGAUGAGAACAUUCGUCCCACCUUCAAAGAGCUAGCCAAUGAGUUCACACGAAUGGCCCGUGACCCUCCUCGCUACCUGGUGAUUAAGAGAGAAAGCGGGAUGCUAUCUCCAGUAGAGCCACCUUCACUCAGCGAAAAGGAGUUAGAUGAGAUGGAAACACUGGAGAUGGAAUCAGAGUUGGAAGAAGAGGAACUUCACAAUCUUUUUGCCUCUCGGCAAUGGGAGGCUUCCACACGGCCUCCAACUCUUCUGAACUCAUCUGCUGGAUACAUCCCCAUGAAUCAAAGCAGCCUCUGUGGAAGUCGGCAGGGUAUAGGAUUGGGCUCCCAGCAGACAUUACGCAGAAGGCAGGAGUCGAUGGGCCGUACCAUGUCAGAGUCCUCUGAAGGACGAGGCACAACCUCAGAUUACGACCUCACGGAGGAUCUGUCACUGUCUGGAAGCUUAUGCCGCAGCCUCCAAUCCCGGGGAGACAGUGCUUACCUCUCUCAGAGGGAGAGUCUUAUGCUGCCCGUUGGCAAUGCUGAUGGAGAGGAGGAUGCCAAUGGCUAUGUUAUGCCAGAUCGAAAUGGCAGAGAGCGUGCUGCUGGCCUUACCGCUUCCCUGAGGCAUGGCUCCAUCCCUGUACAUGAAGUGGAGGAAGAGUAUGAGUACAUGAACCGCCGCACUCCACAAUCCUCACAACCCCGGCCGGCCUCUUUGGAGGAGCUUGGCUAUGAGUAUAUGGAUCUUGGCUCAGAGCUGAGUGCCUCUUUGGGCAGUGUGCCAAGCUCCCAAAUGACUACACCUUGCAGGGAGGACGAAGACGAGGAAGAGGACUACGAGUAUAUGAACAAGCAGCCCAAACUUAGCAAGUCCCUGAGUAGCAUCCGCAGUUCUCAGGGAGACUAUACUGAUAUGGAUUCUGGCAUCACCCAGAGCUCCCCAGAUGAGCAGGGAUAUGAGGAAAUGGGUGCUGUGUUGCCCCCAGUCCAGUAUCUUGACUGCCAGAGUCCACCCUGUCCCAAGAAUGGCUUCAUGAAACCUUUGCGCACACUGGACUCCUCAGAUUGUGCCUUCGAUAAUCCGGAUUACUGGCACAGCCGGAUGUUCAGCAAAGUGGACGCUCAGAGAACAUAGCUGGGGGGGGGGGGGGAAGCUUUCUCUGACUCUUCAUGGGUAGCUAAAAAAAACCUUAACGCAAUCACACUUUAUGGUGAUUGUGAAUUGCAAAGGCAGACUUCUAUUCCUCUCCAAAGCCUCUGUGAUGUUGACCAUAGUUAGCAACGUAAGUACAUCGAUUAUGAGCUUCUGAAGAACAACUGCAUUGCAGUUUUCCCGUCUUGCACUGUGGAUCAACAGCUGUCUUCGGUUGGGUCUCUUCCGUUCGAAGGCUCUGGACCCACAAAGCAAAUAGGACCAGUUGAGGAAGCACGCUUCAAACUGGAAUCCGUUCCUGUAUGCAAACAGAGUGACACCUACUUUUAUAGUGCAGGGUUUUCAAAGAGACUUACUAGCAGCUGCUCCAAACCAAAGUGCUCUGCCCACAGAUGGAUGACACUGGAAGCAGCUUUGAUAAAGCCAGUCCUUUAGGCUGCCUAGGGAAGUGUUGCGCUCUGUGACAACCCUCUGUCCAUUACAAGCAGGGGCCUUAAUUGUGAACCAAGCAUGUGCUGAGCCAUAAGGCUGAAGGAAGAAACUACUGAGAAAAAGGAGGCCGACACUUGUGAUAUAUUCCUCUAGUAAUAUGUAUAACAGUAGAGGAGUUGAUUAAUCCUCAGGGUGGAUAUGAAGGAUAAUGAUACUUUUUUCUCAGAACUUGUUACAAGCAACCUCAUUGAAGAAGCCAAUACGUCCAUGCAUGAGCUAUGAGAUGACUAGGUUUUUGCUCCUACCUCUCAAAAAGACAUUUGGCACUCUUGGUUCUGUCUAUGUCGUGAUGUUUCUGUUGUGCUGUUAGGAAUCCCCAUAUCACAAUGAGAAGAGUGGAUAUGAACAAAGCCUUACCAUGGCAGGAGACCAAUUUCCACUUCAGACAUUUAGAUGUUCACGAUGACAAGCAACUUUAAAUAUUCUUCUUUCUUUCAGCAAUAAUCUUCAAUACCUCCAAACCAUGAGCAAUCGGGAGAGAGUGCCAACAUUAUAAGGAAGUGGGGGGAAGGAAUCUUUCUAUGGUCCUAUGCAGAAGAUGCCAGAGGCAGAGACAUUUUUUAAAGCAAUAAGUUUUAUAUUUUCUCCUUUGCUAGAAUGAAACAUGGAGAUGUUUGUCAGAUUAGGGGCCAAGGAAAGAGAUCAGCAACUACCUAAUCCUUGCUACAAAAAAGUCGAUAACAGGAGGGACGUCUCCUGAUUCCUGAAGUUAACUAAUGUACUUUUGUUUGAAAGGGCAUCAAAGCACAUUGAGCUUUAUGGCAUUAUUAUUAUUCUUUUGAAUCAAGCUCAUUUAUACCAGAGCAUGAUUUGGGAACAAUUUUUCCCCUUUUCUCAUCAUUACUCCUCCCUACCUUGAGGGCUUAUUACAGAACAUACAACCUUGACAUAACUCAGGUGUUCCGGAUUACAGCAAAAAAUAGGCAUUUAGAAAAAGCAAAAAUCCAUCCCAAUUUGGGAGAGGCUAAGACUGUGAUUUUUUUUUUUAAAGUUUGAACAGUAUGUUCCUCUCUUAUGUAAUUGGUCACUAUUGUAGACUAGUGCAGAAUUUACCAUGCAGCAUUGUUAUGGUCAGAGCAAUUAUCCAGAUAGUUUUACAGCCCAUGCUGCUAGUCUCUGGGUACUCCUUACAAUUGCCAAUGUCUGACUAAAAUGUCAGUGGAUAUUUCAGAAAACCUGUAUGUGUGUGUGUAUGCAAGCAAGCAGUCAGUCUGCUUUGAUGGUUGCCUGCCAUGCUAUUUUCCCCCUCGGAAUCACAUUGAGAGAAGGGGAAAAAAAGGAAGAGUGUGUGAUAUAAAAGGAAAUUCCAUUCUUUGCUCACGAGAGCCAGGUUGCAACCAUGAUGGUUUAUUUUCAAGUGUACAUUAUUAAACUGAUGGUUGAACUCAAUUGGAGUUAAACUGACCUUGAGUUUCAAGGGAUUCUGAAGGAAUCUGGGCCAUUAGUCAUCUUUUGCUACUGCUGAUUUUGAGAAACACAAAAUGCUGAUUGAACAAAUCAGUUCUGUUCCUGCCCAGAUCAGAAUUCCUUAAGGUAUAGUCAUAUCUGAAGGGCUGUAAACCGCCCAAUUCAUUCUAGCUCCCGCCAAUUAGAAAUGCUCGAGAGCCAAACAAGAAGAGAAAGGUGCUGUGGAUGCUAACAGGCUGCCCUCUAGUGUGUAAACUGGAUAAGAUACUUUGCUUUCUGACUGGACUGAGAUAGAAAUUCAUUGAAACAAAAUCUUUUGAGGAAGUGGGAAAUACAAAUGUGUUUUCCUUGUUCAUUAAGCAAACACAGCUUUUCCCAUUCCUUCUGCCCUCCAUAGUAGAACAAAUCUGGGUAAAAGCAACAUUGUAAAUUGAUUAAAUUGUGCAUGCCAUAAACAUUUGUAAAAUAAUGGCGUAAUCCCAAAGGAGCACAGUAGAAUUUAGUUCUGAGUAUGCAAACAUAGAUUUGUUAUAUUUUAAAAUCAAAAUCCACCAGAUUGCAAAAAGUAAAUAAAUCCUUGCUUGAUUUUUGAGCCAGGAAGUUUUUUCCAGCUCUUUUUCUAAAGCUGCUCUCUUCUUCCAGAAGAUCACAGACCUCUAGACCAGAUAUGUUCAUUAGAAAUAUUUCUAAAUUUUGGUUAGACAAAUUAGCCCACCUUCCUUCAAGAAAAAAAACACACAAAAGCAGUGAAUUUUGAAAUAAAAUUCCCAUACAACAAAACUGAAAUUAGAAAAGCAAUUUUAACUGGUUUAACUGCUUCUGGUUUUAGACUAUUUGGGCCUGGAUACCUGUAAGUGUAAAGAAGCAAAACUUAACACUGCUUUGAUGCUCACUUUGUGAGAGCUUUUAUGCGAAGAAUGCAUAAAAUACUCCAGAUAAAUCAAGGCAUAUUCUAAUAGACACAGGUGUGUUAAAAUUUAGCAUAAUUUGUUUUUUUUCCCUAGAGUUUUCCCAGGGGUGCAAAAGUCUGCUUUUUCAGAUCAACUGAAUGCUGAUCCAUUGGUUAUGACAGGAACUGAACUGUCCCCAGCAUGAGAUUCUGGGCCAGUCAAAAAUCACCCAGCUGGCUUUCAUGCCUGAGGCGGGACUAGAAUUCAGUUUCUUGGUUUUUAGCCUGAUGCCUCAACUACUAGACCAAAGUGGCUCUCUGUAUAUUACCAUAAAUGGAUACAUUACUGUUUGGAUUUGCAGCCUGUCUCCAAAGGCUGCAAUCCAAUUUUUUUUUGUUCCAGAAUAUCUCUAGCAAAAAAAUAAUAAUAGUUUGGUGUGCAGUAGCUAUGCUUACAAUAGGGAUCAUUAUGAAGAAACGUUAGCUACAGCUUUCAUAGCAUAAGAAUAAAUAGUGGCUAGGGUCAGUGCUCUUCUAUGCUUUAUUUAACAAGCCCCAACAAUAUUAUUACUUCACAUGAAGGAUGAUUCCCCAGUUACUAUCACCAUUACAUUGCUACAGAUCAAAUUCUCAACAGAAUGAAGAACUAUGUAGGCCACUUUCAAAUCUAGCAAAUCUAUGAGAGUUUCAGCCCAAGAAUUUCUUUGAUACACAUUGAAUUGAAUUAUUUAUUGUCAUUGUACGUAUAUACACAGUAUACAUACAACGAAAUUCACAUAACACCCAGAGACCAGACUCAACAUGCACACACGCAACAAUCCGCAAAUACCUCCCCACCUGCCAAAAUUCCCCACCUCCUAAACACAUACAAGCAUCUGCACUACAGACUAAGUAAUACUGUCCAACAGUUCACUGAUGGUGGUGUUUAAGUUCAUUGUUAAGUGCAAUUGUAGCUCUGGGAUAAAAACUAUUCAGAAAACUAUUCAGAAAUAUUGGGGCUGAGAGGAAGAAAACCUCCCCAAUUUUAGUCUUCCCUUCACUUAUAGCAUUUACUAAUCACAUUUACUGAAAUGCUGUAUUUUUUGCAACUCUACAUCUAUAGUUUUGGCACAUUUAUUUGGUUGUAAUGGUUUUAUUUGUAGAAAGAAAUUUGACCCACCCUCAAUUUAAGGAGAGAGGAAAGUGAUAAAUUAGUGUUAAAAUAGAGGGAUCCAUGUUGCUGGGAUUUUUAAGUGAAGGUGUGCUAAUCCCUAACCCUUACUUCAGAUGCUGUUGCUUCUCCCUUCAGUUAUGCAUCAGUGCCAUAUAAACAACAACCAGCAUCGGAGAUAAGGCUGUCAUUGAGGUACAAUAAGUAGGUGCCAAUUGUUUCAGACUAGGGCGAAAAUGAAAACAUGAAAGCAACUCAUUGAAUUGUUUUAGAACAAUUGUUUUUGUAGGAUAAAAGUGCCACUUUUAAUGUUUCCCUAUUUUGUAUAUUGUUUGUCAUAAAACUCACGUUGGAUUGCUUUGUUUUAUUUUUGCCUUGCUUUGUAACUGGUUGAAAUGAAGGUUUUUGUCUUUUUUU